GCUGUUGCCCAAGCGGCCAUGUGACUCCGCCCACUAGUUCUAGCCACUGUUGUGUGUGCCAUCGUGGAUCGCGCGCGCUCUAGCUACCGCUAGAAGACUGGAUACCAAAUACUAGUGUGACAAUGAUAGUGGGUUUGUAAUAAAAAAGUGUAAUAAAAAAUCAAAAUGACUGCGGGAAAUGAAGAGCACGAGCCACUGAUAUCGUCAUCGGUUGAUAACCAACGCGUUGCGUACAAUAAUUCGCCGCAGGAUGGUCGCUCGCCACAAGACUCUCCGCGCACGAGUAGCGGUGACGUCACAGUCUCCAUCGCCCCCACACGGAACUAUGGAAGCGUGGGGGGCGUGGAGAAGGUCACCUACACAUGGGCGGACGUCAACGCUUUCGCCACAGAGUCCAGAUCCAGAAGCAGAAGGUUCUGGAACUUCUGGAGGACAUCUUCAGAACGUAUGUUCCAGCAAAGGAAACAGUUGCUCAGAAAUGUAAACGGCGCGGCGUACCCUGGUGAAUUACUCGCCAUCAUGGGUUCAUCAGGCGCUGGAAAGACCACAUUACUCAAUACUCUCACAUUCCGCACGCCCAGCGGCGUGGUCUCCAGUGGUACGAGAGCUCUCAACGGUCAGCCUGCCACCCCAGAGGCUCUGACUGCUCUCUCAGCGUAUGUACAGCAGCAAGACCUGUUCAUAGGAACUCUGACUGUACGGGAGCAUUUAGUGUUUCAGGCUUUGGUUCGAAUGGAUCGUCACAUUCCCUAUGCACAACGCAUGAGGAGGGUCCAAGAGGUCAUUUCUGAGUUGGCAUUAUCAAAAUGUCAAAAUACAGUGAUCGGGAUCACGGGCCGGCUGAAGGGCAUAUCGGGCGGGGAGAUGAAGAGGCUCUCGUUCGCCAGCGAAGUGUUGACAGACCCACCGCUCAUGUUCUGCGAUGAGCCCACAUCGGGCUUGGACUCAUUCAUGGCUCAAAACGUUAUACAGGUACUAAAAGGCUUAGCACAAAAGGGAAAGACGGUGAUAUGCACCAUUCACCAGCCUUCAUCAGAACUGUACGCAAUGUUUGACAAGCUGCUCAUCAUGGCGGAUGGUAGAGUAGCAUUCCUCGGAUCACCUGAUCAAGCCACUGAUUUCUUUAAAGAGUUAGGCGCAGCAUGUCCCGCCAACUACAACCCAGCGGACCAUUUCAUCCAACUCCUGGCCGGCGUGCCUGGCAGAGAGGAGGCGACGCGUCACACCAUCGACACUGUAUGCACCUCCUUCGCCAAGUCAGAGAUCGGCUGCAAGAUUGCCGCUGAAGCAGAAAACGCCUUGUAUAACGAACGUAAGAUAUCAGGCGGUUGGAUCGACGCGCCAUGGAACUCGUCGACGGUGCGGGCGCACCGCUCCCCGUACAAGGCGUCAUGGUGCGCGCAGUUCCGCGCGGUCCUCUGGCGCUCCUGGCUCUCUGUCACCAAGGAGCCUAUGCUCAUCAAAGUGCGCUUCCUGCAGACUGUUAUGGUCUCCAUCCUCAUCGGCGUGAUCUAUUUCGGGCAGCACCUCGACCAAGACGGCGUGAUGAACAUCAACGGCGCCAUCUUCAUGUUCCUCACCAACAUGACCUUCCAGAACAUCUUUGCCGUCAUUAACGUCUUCUGUUCUGAGCUUCCGAUAUUCAUCCGAGAGCAUCAUUCAGGAAUGUAUCGGGCAGACGUGUACUUCUUAUCGAAGACCCUGGCAGAAGCUCCGGUGUUCGCCACCAUACCACUCGUCUUUACCACCAUAGCGUACUACAUGAUAGGGCUCAACCCUGAUCCGAAGAGGUUCUUCAUCGCUUCAGGGUUGGCAGCCCUGAUCACUAACGUCGCUACUUCGUUUGGUUACCUAAUAUCUUGCGCGAGCAGCAGCGUCAGCAUGGCGGCGUCAGUUGGACCGCCAAUCAUCAUCCCCUUCAUGCUGUUCGGUGGCUUCUUCCUCAACUCUGGUUCCGUUCCCCCGUACCUGGGCUGGAUAUCGUACCUGUCAUGGUUCCACUAUGGCAACGAGGCGCUGCUCAUCAACCAGUGGGCCGGCGUGGAGACCAUCGCCUGCACCCGCGAGAACUUCACCUGCCCUGCAUCAGGGCAAGUUGUUCUCGACACGCUCAGUUUCUCGCAAGAUGACUUCAUCAUGGACGUAGUGAACAUGGUGUUGCUCUUCAUUGGAUUCAGACUACUCGCCUACUUCGCUCUACUGUGGCGCACGCGCAGGGCAAAAUAAAACUACGAAAAAAACAAGAAGACGUAAAGCUAUUAGGGAUUAAUGUUGCUCACGCCUUUGCCAUCAACAUCCUUCCUUGAAAUAAAUCGAAUCAAAUAAAGUAUAGCUUACUUAACUAAAAGAAAUAUCACAGAAGAUCCAGAGAUUACCUCCUUAAAACAUAUUAUAAAAUAGACAAAAUAUAUCUUAAUAACAGUAAUUUACAUUUUUACUAUAAUGAAUAUUAGUUUUACCCACGAUAUAAAUACCGACAACCGUCAAUUAACUGCUUAAAUCUUUAACACAGCACUCGAAUAUAAGGUUAGACUUUUCGAUAAUAAUUGAUUUUAAAUUAUUUACCAUUAACGUUUUAUAUCUGUAGAUUUAAAUUAAUCUGUACUACUAGAGAAUGUAGCACCAUGAUUUAUUAGCAAAUUAUAAAUUAUAGGCGCAUUAAUCGUGAGAGUAAGGUCCGCCACGAUAAUUUCAGUCGAAAUAUAUCCAAAACUAUAAUUAUAACCAGUUCUAUGAUUUUUUGCCGAAGUAUCCAUUUUUACGAUGUAGCCACCAACAUAAUAUAGCUACAUUACUAUUUAGAACAUGAUGUAUAUAACCUCAUAGACAAUUACCAUUGUUUUAUUAACGCUUUUAUUGCAUAUUUUGUAAUCAUUUAGUUAUGCAACAUGUAAUGUGAGAAACAUUUAUUAUAGUUAAUCACCUAUUUAUUUUUAAGAUGCGUUUAUUGCCUUGAUUAUGCGCAUGCGUUUGUUUUUUUGUUAUUUGAGAAAUAUAGUGCACGUUGCAUGUUUUUUAUUUUGCUUAGUUUGCUGAACCUGUUAUGAAUAAUAUUAAGGAAAAAUAUUUUGUAUUGAUAACUCUUAGUGCAUUACAAUUAAAAAGUUCGUAGUAAAUUUGAAAAUCGCUGAGUAUACUGAAUGGUAUCUCUUAAUUUUAGUUAUCAUGUGUUUGAAAGGUGAGCUUAACAAUAUAAUAUGAUUUGAGUUAAUCUAUUUUUCUGUGUGUCUAGACCUAAAUAUCAGUUGAAUUAAAUAUCUUAUUACGUAAGUUUGUAUGAAAAUAAUAAUUUUUUAAUGAAAAUA